GUUUUUUUCUAUUGCUAACAUCCUUUUGUCCAAUUUCUAGUCACAUUUUCAAAACUCUAAACACAAUUAGCACAACAUCCGUUUGUUGUAACCAUACCAUUAACACAAUUCAUGUUGUUUUCACACAAUAUUCAGUCAAUUAACACAUUUUUAAAAUGCUUACAUUUUCUUUUUACACAAGUUUACCCCAUAGCAAAAUCAUGGAUCUUUCUUAUCAUUUUUACAAAUGCUUAAACACAGCAUGUCAAAAAUAAAGAGCUAAUGUUCCAAACUCUAACUAUAUUGUAAAGCCUCUACUUCUGCAACAACAGCAGCUUAAAAGAGCUGAUAAUAAUUAUUUUAAUUACUGAUAAUUAAGAGAUAGCUGAUUCCAAUCUUAUUGAUUAAUUCCAAGUAAUGGAUUACAUGGAUUUUUACACUUUCUGGACUGGUUUUUGUUCAAAACAACAGAAAAACUGAAAAAGAAAGAAGAUGUCGGGACGAGGAAGAGUUGGACGAGGGAGAGGACAAGGUAGAUGAGGGAGAGGAGAAGCUGGACCGGGACAAGGUAGAAGAGGUAGGGGUAGAGUAAGAGCUGUUGUUACAGAUGAAAUAAGAGCCACUAUUAUUGACCAUGUGAUAAACCAUGGUCUGUCAUUGAGAGAGGCAGGUGAAAGAGUCCAGCCCAAUCUUAGACGGUCAACUGUGGCAUCCAUUAUCCGAAUUUUUCAACAAACCAACAGGUAAGCAAUGAAUUUCGUGAGGGCCAUAAUUGCAGUUGUAAUGUAUCACAAUAACUGUUGGCCGCCAAGAGCAUGCCAUUGUAGGGUGGGUUAUUGCUGACAAUGCAAUAAAACUCAGAGAAAUUCAAUCCAGAAUUGUACAGGACAACCUGGUAUUCCAGAAUGUGGAAAGCAUCAGCCUGGCUACCAUCACUCGAACUCUGAACAAACACAGAAUUCGAAUGAAACAGCUGUACAAAGUGCCCUUUGAAAGAAACAGUGAGCGGGUCAAGGAACUCCGACACCAAUAUGUCCAGAGAGUUAUGGAGUUGGAGGCUAAUCAGACACCACAUAAAUUCAUUUAUGUAGAUGAGGCAGGAUUUAACCUGGCAAGAACUCGUAGACGAGGAAGAAAUCUGAUUGGAAAAAGGGCCACUGCUGAUGUUCCGGGUCAAAGAGGAGCAAAUAUCACAAUGUGUGCUGCAAUCUCAAGUGCUGGUUUGGUCCUGCAGAAAAGCCAGAUUGGUCCCUUCAACACAGAGCGCCUUCUUUUGUUUUUAGAGGACCUCCACCAACAACUGGUACCAGCAGCAGAAAGGGAACAAGUAGGAGGAAACAUGAGGACAUUUGUGAUUGUAUGGGACAAUGUAGCGUUCCACCAUUCACAUGCAAUCACAAAUUGGUUUGCAGCCCAUCUGAGAAUGAUUUCUCUUUUUCUUCCUCCGUACUCUCCUUUCCUCAAUCCUAUUGAGGAAUUUUUUUCUGCCUGGAGGUGGAAAGUCUAUGAUCAUAGACCACAUGAUCAGAUGUCCCUCCUGGAUGCCAUGGAGGCUGGCUGCCGAGAUAUCUCAGCUGAAGACUGCCAAGGGUGGAUAAGGCAUGCUAAACGUUUCUAUCCCAGAUGCAUAGCAAGAGAAAAUAUAAGAUGUGAUGUCGAUGAGAACAUGUGGCCAGUUGCUGAAGAUCGUAUAGAUUAGAACUUUAUUUCUGUUUUUUUUUGUUUUUUGUCUGUUUUUUUUUUUUUUUUUUAACUAAAGGCCAAAGGCCUGUAUUUUUUUUUUUUUUUGGAUCACUGACAGCAAUUUCAUUUUGCUAAUUUACUUCAGCAAUUCUGUCACUUUUCUUUUACAUUUCAUCAAUUACUGAUGAGUCCUCAACUAUGCUGUACACAUACUGCCCUACAGUAAUCCACACAUACACAAACACUGGUUUCCAUUUUUUUGUGGGGACUCUCAAAUUUCUAAUCUUGUUUUCUCAUGAGGACCAAAUAAAGUGUCCCCACAAGGUAAGAAUUUACUGGUAUUACUAUCUUUGUGGGGACAUUUUGUCCCCAUAAGAUGAUAAAUACCAGGUACACACACACAUGCAAUGGAUUAAAUGCAUUAAAUGGAUGUCAUAUUGUAUGUUCUACCCAGGUCAAACCAAAACACGAAGUAAUGCAGAUUUUUGUAAUUAAUUGUUAGCAUUUUGUCAGUCUAUGUGUUAUGAUUGACUAUAUGUUUCUGUUGGAUUGAAAACUAGUGCUAAUGUUUUGAUUGAAUGAUUCAAUUUUGAAUCAGGUUUGCUGUGUUUUGAUAGAGUUAGUAUAUGUAGAAAAAGGUACUCAGCAUUUUGAAAUGGAGAGUUUGUAUUUAUUUAACAAAACAUGGUUUUGGCCAGAAAAUUAACAAUUUGGCUAAUUGGGUGAUGUUAGUGUGUUGCUGUGUUAAGAGUUUAGAAAAAGUAUUUUAAGUAUUGGUAAAUGCUUGUUAGCAAUUGAA